AUGCUGGGGGCGUCCGUGUACGCCAGUGCGACCAAUGUCAUGGAGAGAACUGGAGCGAAUCCAGACCUCCCUUCACCCGACGCAGUCUACGAGAUGGCCCUAGCGCUGAUCGCCUCAAACUUCUCCGUCUUCCCCGUCAUGCUGCUGUAUGCACUUGCCAAACACGACGGACACCGGAAGUGGCUGCACCGGUCGGUUCUCUUUCUUCUCUGGGGUCUCAGCGUUACCGUCGUCUACCUUGCCCCGAGAGGUGAACUCGAUUACUCACUUCGGAAGAGCGGCCAAAGGAACUUUGAAUGUGAUCAGCGCGGCUCGCAGUACUGGCACGUUGUCAAAGCCACACAGUUCUUGGUUGUCGGCCUACCACUUUUGUGGCUUGUCCUCACGGUUUUUGUCACUACUGGGUUCAAGAUUCCGGGCAUGGUCGACAAGCCAUGGGUCAAAAGAUGGCGAUCUAUGUGGCGAAUUAUGAUCGCUUGGAUCAACAUGCUUAUCAUGUGGGGGAUCUUGGCCUAUUUUACUUACUUCCGUCAGAAGAUCAUUGACGCAGCUGAUGGCCUCGACAAAAACGACAAAUGGACCUUUGGCCAGGUUCUUGCUCUGGCGGCGUGGGCACCGAUCUUGGCUGAAAUCUUUUACAUCCUCGCUUUCGGUUUGGAAGACGGCUUGACGGGCCACAUGCCUGCCGGCUAUCACGCUACGCACAUCGCUCAGCCGGAUCCCAACAUGGAAGUUCCUCUCCUUGACCAAGGCUAUAAUAUGAAGCAUGCUUCGGUAAUAUCAGUAUCUACGACGAUGACCUCUCCCACAACCCCAGCCCAGACGCAACCAACAAUGUGGCAGCAGGAUCCAGGAUACCAGCCAAUCCAUAUGCAGCAGCAGCACCCACACGUACAACAUCAACUUACCUGGGAUGGAUAUUAUCACACCGGAUGGUAG